GUCUGACGUCUAGCACUACGACAACACUUGGACAAGACCUGUAAUACAUGGCACCAACUUCAUGCUCUCUAUGUCGUGACGCUAAGGCAAUUCUGAAACGCCCUAAAACAGGGCAGCAGAUUUGCAAGAACUGCUUCUUCUUCGUUUUUGAGACAGAAGUCCAUCAUACAAUCACAGAAACAAAGCUCUUCAAGUCAGGCGAUCGAGUGGCAAUCGGUGCUUCAGGCGGGAAAGAUUCGACUGUCCUUGCGUACGUCAUGAAGACCCUGAAUGACCGGUACAAUUACGGCCUCGAUUUAUUUCUCUUGUCCAUUGAUGAAGGGAUCACAGGUUAUAGAGAUGACUCCCUAGAAACAGUUAAACGGAAUCAGCAGCAAUAUGACAUGCCACUGAAGAUACUCUCAUAUGAUGAACUCUAUGGCUGGACCAUGGAUGCCAUAGUUGCACAAAUAGGAAAGAAGAACAACUGUACCUUUUGCGGCGUCUUUCGCAGGCAGGCGCUCGACAGGGGCGCAACUACCUUGAAUGUUGAUCAUAUCGUCACUGGACACAACGCAGAUGACAUCGCGGAGACUGUCCUCAUGAACAUUAUGCGUGGCGACAUCGCUCGACUUGGACGGUGUACUUCAAUUUGUACCCAGGGAGAGGAUACAAUCAAACGAUCCAAGCCCUUUAAGUACGCAUAUGAGAAGGAAAUUGUCAUGUACGCCUACUUUAAAAAACUAGAUUAUUUUUCAACAGAGUGUAUAUAUUCACCCGACGCCUACCGAGGACAUGCACGCACAUUUUUGAAAGAUUUAGAAGCUGCUAGACCCAGCGCUAUCAUAGAUAUCAUUCACUCUGGUGAGGCAUUUGAAGUCAAGGAAGAAAUCAAGGCGACUCAGAAGGUCCAGCAAACAUGCAAAAGAUGUGGGUACAUGUCCAGUAAUGAUCUUUGCAAGGCGUGUACACUGCUGGAGGGUCUGGAGAGGGGCAUGGCGAGCUCCGUCAUAACUGACCGUGCCCGCAAGAAAAUGGACGCUAUGGGUCCCGCACCGGAUAACAUACGAACUAUCCCAUUGUUCCGUUCGACACAAGAAAUUACAGUAGAAGCACCUUCACAUGCUUGAGUGCGCAGUGGUGACAUACAUAUCCGCCUAAUGAAUACUACGCACUACUUAAUGCGCUGGAUCAUGUAACUAUGGAAUACAAGGGACGGCUUCAUAGUCAUUAAUAUUGUGACGUGCAAUUCUAUCAUGAUUCAUGACUAUAACA